GCCGCCGCCCGGGAGUCAUGAAAGAGCGGACACUGAGAAGGAGGAAGCAGCGGCCGGAGCUGAGCUCCAGCACCGCCGCCACACAACUGUUAUUGUUAUUACUACUGACGGAGGACAAUGGUGACCGAGAAUAAAGUUUCGUCUAUAAAUGAGCCGCUUGUAAUGGAUGUGCAUUUUCACUUUUCUCUGUCCGGGGUUUUGUUCAUGUCUAAACGGAGUUUUCUCUUCUUUUACCCGGACGUCUGUCCCGUAGAAAGUCAUCUGUUUGUGGUGUAAAUCUGGUGCACCGUCCCGCAGUGGCUCUUUAACGUUUUUACAACCGAACUCCGUGGAGGUGAAGAUGGGGGCAAAGCAGAGCAGCAGCCCCCCGGCCGUUAGUGCAGCUGCUAACGGCAGGACCAGAGCUUAUUCCGGCUCGGACCUGCCCACCAGCACGUCCGGUAGCAACGGCAGCAGCAGCCGAAGCUCUGCCGCCACCACCGCUGGGGUCAGCAGGUACCAUAGCUACGGUGCGUCCGCAGCCUCUGGUGCCACCUCUGACACCAGUCACCGCAUCUCAACCAGGGCCAGGUCUGUAGGAGGAGGCUCCGGGACCAGAUCGAGGUCUGGUAUCAACAUUCCGAACAGCAGCGGAGCAUACAGCUCCCCGGAGUCCGAGGGCAGCAGCCCGGAAGAGGCGACGGCAGCAGCGGCGGGGAGGAGGCGCUCAGGCGGAGAAGGUCCCCGGCUGCUGAUAGGAUCAUUGCCUGCUCACCUCUCUCCUAAUCUGUUUGGAGGCUUCAAGUGUCCUGUCUGCUCCAAGUUUGUGCCCUCGGAUGAGAUGGACCUUCAUCUGGUUUUGUGUCUAACCAAACCCAGAGUGACAUAUAAUGAGGAUGUCCUCACCAAGGACACAGGAGAGUGUGCGAUCUGCCUGGAGGAGCUGGAACAGGGAGACACCAUCGCUCGUCUGCCCUGCCUCUGCAUUUAUCAUAAAAGCUGCAUCGACGAGUGGUUCGAAGUGAACAGAUCGUGUCCAGAGCAUCCGUCAGAUUGAAGCUUCUUGCACAGGUGAGGUGUUCUUCCUGAUCCGGAUAAGCUUUUAAAAAGCCUUCUAACACAUCUCUUGCGGGCGUUGAAUGGCAGGUACCCCUCAGUGACUGAUCUGCCAUAUCACGUGUGGAUCCAGAGAGACUGUUGGACACUGUAACCACUGUGAUCGUGUUGUACCAUGGCGUGCCAAAUGUCGAGUCAUUUCAACAAUCUUCAGGGAUUUUGAUUUUAUGUUUUAGUUGUACAUCCAUCUUCCUGGACAUCAACCUGGACCGGCUGAUUUCCAGCUCAGAUCUGCAGCAAAGUUGCACAUGACACUUUCUCCCAAGGUCACGAAGGGCAGCUGUCAGCAGAUUCAUUCCAGGACACUGGAGGAGGUGGACAGUGGCCUGGGAGUGGUGGAGAGGAGUCCCAGACUUUGGUCCUGCAGCAUCCAUCAGUGCCUUGUCGUAGUGGGGAUCAGCCAUGAGGGGGCAGCACAUAUAAGUCCAUACUGCUUAUAUCUUUACCACUAGCUCAUCAUUGUGACUUUUUACCCCCCCAGGAGACACAAGCCAGACACAAAGUCAGCAUCAGCACUGAGGACAUGUUCAGCACUGAGGCUGUCACUGCCGUGACAACGGUGCCAACAAACACACUAUGGACACUGUGUAGUAACUUCUUCAGUGGUGUUCUUCAGUUGCUAAAACUUUCCUGUACCCUCUACGUAUGGCAGCGUAUUCUCCUCACUGUGACACUUUGACAAUUUUGGUCAAUUCUUUUUAAACGAUCUCUUGAGAGCACGGUCAGUGUCUAAUGUCAAGGUAGAACAGACAUGCACAAGGGGUCAAAAAGCAUCAGCUCCAGAAUCUUGAGGCAGAGAAAGGGAAGCUGGAUAAUCAAGGUCAUGAUCUAAGAAGCUCUUGACAAGAAAUCCCAGGAUACAACGCUGUGUUUGGAUUCACAGGCUGUCUCUGAAAAAGUUAAAAUGUUGUUAUAACGGGACAGUCUCGCCUACGGGGAAAAAAAGCAUUUUGACUAAAAUAUUACAAAAUGUGCGCAGCCUUACAGUUUUAAAGAAAUCAGAAAUAUGCAUGUUUCAGCAACCAUGGGGGGCACCCCUACCCCAACCCCCAGAUACCAGCUGUGCUAACUUGCUAAAUAACACUAGAGUUAUUUCCUCCUUAUACUGACAGAGAAGAUCUGAGGUAGAGUGGGGUUUAGAGUGCCCUCUGCUGGUCCAAUCAGAAGCUUUUAAAUUGAUAUUUUACAUUAGAGGGGAAGAAAAUGAAAAAAAUAUCUUUUAAUAAUAAUACAAUAGAUUUAGUUUCAUGAAAGUUGAUUUUUGUCUUGGCUGCUUUGGUUCCAUUCAUAUGAUUAUAGACUAGUUGGCUUCAUCUGUAUCUUGUCAGUUUGGAGACUAGACCUGAAGACCUGUACUGUGUCUGAAGAACAGUGUACAGAACAGUAAUCAAUAGGAAACUUAACCAUCUGAUAUUAUCAACACUUAUAGAGCAUUGAAGCCUCAAAUAUGUGAAACUCUUUAACCACCAACCUAAUUUUUCUGACUGAUCAUUAUUUUUAUACUGAAAACAAAAAAGCUGCUUUAUUGUUUUCCUUAUAUACAUUUUCAAAGCAGUCAUAUGUGAUUUUCCCCCAAUGAUGUUUCCACUCAAGUAUGUUGGAAAACAAGCUUCAGCUCGUGAUCCUUUCAACUUCACUUCUAUUAAUGGUUGUUUUGUUUCUUUUAGAGUCACAGUUAUGGAAGCAAGAAAAAAAAAUUAAGCUUACUUUCACUUUUACUUCCCGACUGACAAUGUUGAGAUGAAUGUACGUGAGGUCCCUCAGCUCAGAGACAUGUGUGUACAGGCUUGUCUUUGUCUAACCAGGCGACAGAGCCAGGGGUUUUCCAGGUCACUUCCUCUUAAACUGAAGAGGAGGAGUUAAUCAGUCACUAAAUCCCCAAUCCACUCCUCAGAGGCCACUCACAUCACAGCAGAUUUCUGGUUACUAUCAACCAGGAGCAAUCACACAAUGUUUUUUUUUUGUUUGUUUGUUUUUAAAGUGCUCCACAAAUGGUCCAUCUCUAGUUUAGGUCUUAAUGGCAUCUCAAUGCUCUGAGUUUGAGUUUUACAGUAACAGCCUUUUGCCUGUUAAAGCCACAGGUUAAUCAAUGUCUAAAAUCAACAUUUAACCUUUUAUUAAAGAUAGGAAGAGUGAUCAAGGGAAGCAGAAAAGCAUCAACCAGAACAGGGCUUGCAACAGAAUUCACUUCAAAUACCUAAAAUUGCACCUGAAAAAUCUUACAACCGGUGCUUUUAUUGUUACUGUGAAAUACAAAGGUUAGUUUGUUCAGGUUUUAGGUAAAACAAAUUUCCGGCUGAGCUUCUGUAGAAUACAGGGUUCUCCAAAACAUUUUGUCUUUUAAAUAUUACAGAAUCAGAAGUGCAUUGGAAUCAGUGUACAGUAAAUUUCAUAGGCUGCUGAUAAAAAUAUUACAAACAAUGCGACACCUUGUUACACCACAGGGGGUUGCUACAGAGUCAUGCAUGUCUCAAUGGUAGCAGUCAUAUUGACUAUGCAGUACAUACCGAGGGGUUUUAGUGACUAAUAAUUCCUCCUAUUAAAACAGUCCAUAAAACACAGUUUUACUUAUUAGUGAAUACUUAGUAUACUUCAUAUGCUUUAUUCAAAUGCUUUGCUAACAUUUGAUCUGUGCCAGUUUUUGUUUUCCCAGUACAAUUCAUUAGUGAAGUCAUGCAGAGCAAAGUGAAAUUUCAAACAUCUUGGUGACAGUUGUAGAAAAGAGUCUUAGGUAGGGAAGAUAAAAGCGCUCAGGUUUUAUAAAUCUUUCAUUUCUCUGUUGACAGAUAGAGAGCUCUCUUCAUUCUCAUCUCCUGCAUCUUCUACCAUCAUAUUAAGCAUCAUCUGUGCAUCACAUCUAUUAAGUGCCAGUGUGAACACGCCCCCCCCCACCACAGUUUGUCAGUUGGGGCCAUCUGUUUUAGACAAUACUUUCAUUUUGAAACCAUAUCAUAGCAGAUCUCACUGCCAUCUUGUAAACCCUUCCUUAACUGCAAACUAAUCUCUUGCAUUCUCAAAUUUGGUAACGUUUCCUGUUGAAUGUGGGCUUACUGUAAGACUUAAAUGAAUACACUGUGAUAUUUGCCGUAACUGUUGAAGAACAAUUUACUGGCAUCGUCAGACUGAACAAUGGCAUGUUUCCAUCUAAGGAUGUGGACAAACUGGUUUCUGUGCAACAGGAUGUGAACGGUGACAUUUGAACAUGUUGGAGUUGAUCAAACUAACAGCAGUUGCACAAGUGUUUGUUUUGACUACAGCGAACAUGACAAACAUGUCCUUCACCUGUUUCGUUUAUAUUUACUUCUAACGUGAAUGGCGCAAAAAGCAGUGAAUACGAAAAUGUUGGUAUCUUUUGACAGCUAUUUGUAAAUUGUUAGCAAUUUUCUUUCUGUCUUCUUUAUGAAAAUGUGAUAAUAUAUUGCCGCAGUAUCCCUUUAAAUAUUAUAUAUAACUUUAAGGAACAGUUGCUUCUGUUUAGCCAUAGUACGACAGAGAAAAGGAGAAAAUGAACCACUGGUUGGAUCACUAGAGGCUGACGAUGGCACAAAAUAAUUUGUCCCUGUAGAGAAUAGUGAACCAUUCAAGUAAAAAAAAAAACCUGUGUUCAAAUCCAAUUCACAGAUUUCACACAACGUACUGGAGCUGCUUCACAUUGACAUUUCAUACAGAACUUCAGUUUAAAGCCAAAGUGUAUAAUAACAAUAAAACAACAGAGUGGCCAUCACUUCACUUGACCCACACGCAGCAAUGGCUUUUGCUGACACACGUCCACUUUUUGGUCCAGACAGGUUUGUUUGACCAACAAAGGGUCAAGAGAAAGCUGGUUUUGGUUUGUGACUCGCUAAAUGUGGCCUACAAUUUGGGAACCUGGAUAUCAGGGGUUGUUUAUUGGACCUAGUGACCAAGUUUGCCAACUGAAAAUUUGGAAUGUUAGAACUGUAAAUAUGAGUUUAAUGAUGAUUGAAUGUUUGCACAGUGGGUUGAAGGAAAUGAGAUUGAUGGUUGAAUUUAAAGCCUUUGACAUUUUUUGUUUUUAGUUGGUGACAAUACUGUUCUACUACAAGCCUCAUGUGAAAUACUAUAGAAUCAACCAAGCACUUUUGAAUAGCUUUUAUAAUUUAUUUUAUAGCCCUGUUCUGAGCCCCAACAAGCAUUACCUUAUAUGGCAAAAAACAGAAUGUGUGCAGUUGUAGUACUGUAUGUAACUACAGAUAAUCACAUUGUAUACUCAAAUAUUUAUUUAUGUAAAAAUUGUAUGUACAGAAAAACACAAUAGAGAGUAAAUCAUUUGGAUACUGAUCAUUUUUGGUUGAGCUACUGCAUUUUUAUUUCAUGUAACUGUGUUUGAAGCUAAUACAACAUUUUUAAAUAAAAUAUUUGGAUCAGC